ACAAUCACAAAGGGGAAAAAAAAAAGAUUAAAUAUUUAAAUCACAAUUCUCCGUUUCACCGAUCGGACCAAAUCGAAAUCGUUCUUCCAUUUUUGUUCUUUUGGACGUCGUCGGUUUUGGUGAGUUCUUCCGAUCAACCGUGGCUUCUUCAGGGUCCUCAGGUCUGUCUCGGAGAAAAUCUUCGGCUUCUGCUUCUCCUUCGCCGUCAGCGCCGACGAGAAUCGUCUACAGGGAGAGAGUUCCGCCGUCGCAUUCCGAUUUGCCUUUCUGGCAGCGUAACUGGUUCAUCGCCUUACUUUUCGUUAUGGCCAUCGGUUUCUUCGCUCUUGCGCUCUUUCUCUUCCUCGGUCUCGAUCUCGACCAUGGCUCCCCGUCAUCUGCUUCUGCUACGUCCUCUGAGGGCGUUGAGAUUACGUAUGGGACAAUUCUUAAGCUAAUGCACGAGAAAACUAAAUUCCGUUUGCAUUCCCAUGACGUGCCCUAUGGUUCUGGCAGUGGCCAACAGUCGGUCACCGGGUUUCCAAAUGUUGAUGAUUCCAAUAGCUACUGGAUAGUAAGACCCCAGCCUGGGACAUCUGCGAAACAGGGUGACACCAUUAAAAGUGGGACAAUUAUCAGAUUGCAACACAUGAGGACAAGGAAAUGGCUGCACAGCCACUUGCACGCAUCCCCAAUAUCGGGAAAUCUAGAGGUUAGUUGCUUUGGUGGGGAUUCUGACUCCGACACUGGUGAUUACUGGAGGCUUAUGAUCGAAGGGAGUGGAAAGACAUGGAGGCAAGAACAGAGAGUUCGGCUUCAGCAUGUCGAUACCGGUGGCUACCUACAUAGUCAUGACAAGAAAUACAGCCGUAUUGCUGGAGGGCAGCAAGAGGUCUGUGGAGUCCGGGAGAAGCGUGCUGACAACGUCUGGCUGGCUGCAGAAGGCGUUUAUCUUCCUGUUACGGAGACAAAGUAGAAACAUUUUGGUGAGGUAACCAUGUAUUUAACUUUCAAAAUUAGGUUACUAGGUUUUUGAAGUAUCGAGAGAUUGUUACCUGCUUUACAUGAAGUUGAGCUGAUUCCUUAACUUUUAAGGUCAGUCAAUGAUGUCACGACGUUCUGAAGAAUGUCAGGAUCUAUAUAAUUGUCUUUUGAGUUCUGAAGAACCGUGAUGAAAUCCAUAGAUUAUGGCUAUUCAUUGAUAAUAUGUUACGAGUACUCGGGUGAAAGUGAAAAAUUAAUGCAAAUGAGCUUCCAUUUUCAAA